UGCACCUAACUCUCAAAUCAAGUUACUACAAAACUAGAAACAUCAAGUUCAAGCAAUGAUAUGGGGUGAUGUUAUUUUUCGUACUCUUCUGCAAAUUAUAAAAUUCCAAAUGGGCCAUUUAACAAAAAUCAACCGUCAAUUUAAUCACAAGUCGUCGUCGGCUGGAUGUUUCAUGAAGAUUGACAAAGAUAUUUGUACACCAUUACUAGCUAGUCACUGUUUUUUGUCUACCCGACUUUCGUCCAUUUCUUGUUUUUUAAGCCAAUUUAAGCCCUUGUUGACAGCGAAUCCUGCUGGCUUUCUACGCAAAAAAUCCGAAUUUCUCAUGCAAAAUAAAUAUUAAUUGUGUAUCAAAUAACAAUAUAUAGUUAUGAUUGAGAAAUGGGAGAAAAUAAACCCUGUAUUGUAAUAAGUUGUAGCUGCAGUUAUGUCGAAUAUCCGUUUAUAUCCGUGAUCAUAUCCGAUCCGAUUCUUAAAUAUCCGAACCGUAUCAGUUUCCGAUAAAUGUGGAUAUGGUUAAUGUUUUUUCUUACCGAGGGUGAUCCGUAUCCGUAUCCGUUUAUAAAAAGCGGAUAUGGAUAUGGUAAACGUCAUAUGCGAACCGUAUCCGCUCCGAUAACACCCCUAUUCGUGGUGCAUCAGGUGAUGAUGGCAAUAAAGGAUGUGGAUGGGAUGUUCUCGACCUUGGAUCCGGAGUACUAUGACAUUCUCAUGAAGGACCGCGAGCAGGAAAAGUUAAUAUUGGACUCGACAGACAAAACAACUUCUAUUUUUAAAGAAUUUAUGUUGAGGGUUGCAAAGUUUGACGAGCUGGUUGACAUAGCACACCAGUAUCUUAAUAACUUUUGUCAAGAACUAGAAAAAUAUAAAAGACCUCAGGUUCACAAGACAUCUCCAUUGGUUGAUCACAUAAUAGAAGCCAAUCAAACAAAUAGAAUGAAGGUAUAUAUUGAAGCUGGAUCUAGACACCGGUAUGAUGACAUAAAAAAUAUAAGCAUGUUAUAUUCAUGCACACAACGGCUUCAAGAGCAUCUAACAGAAGUGAAAGUUCUGCUUCAUGAGCUCGAAUCCCUUAAGGAAGAUGCAAUUGAUAUUGCACAGAGAGUAAACCGAAGUACUACGCAAUUUUUAGACAUGCAUAUCAGUGACAAGGAAAGGCUUUCCUUUGAAGAGGAAGACAUGGUAGAAUCGUUGCACCUUCAAGACAAAUCGACAUCUCAUGCGACUUUGAUGGCAGUCAUAUAUAAUAUGUUUAGGCUAGACUAUGCCAUGCAGGAGAAGAUCAUCAAUUCUAUUAAUUUGGUGGAUACGAAAUCAGAACAGUUGGAAAGCUACUGUUUCAUGUGGAAGCUACGGCCAUAUAUAAAUGACGAUGUCAUGCGUCAGGGUUGGAAACUUGUUCCUUGAUGAUGGUUGGCUAUUUAUUCGCUAAGGAAGCUGGUAUCCAAAGUGGAUGUGCCCAUCCAGCUGCUAACUGAAUGAAAGGGCUCUUCCUCUCAGUCCGGUUCCUCAGUGAAAGCACUCCUACAUUUUGUUUCAUUUUGUAUGAUAUCAGUUGUAUCCUGUAAUUUGUGUCGACACAUAAAGAUUUUGGUUUGUACUGUGUAUGUAUAAUGGUUACUUUAUUCUGUUUAGAAAAAAUAAGAUAUCAGUGCAAUUAUUCAUA